AUGGCUUAUGACAAAGCGGAUUCUCGUCUACAUUUACAAGAAAAGCUUGGGGCUGGUGACCCAAGCAUUUUGGCCGCCUCUAUUUCAUCGGAAGACGACAAAAGAAAAGGAAGAAGACCAAAAUACCCUGACCCCAAACCUGGCUAUCGUUCGGGGUACUCGGUUAACAGAAGCUUUACUCAGGCUGAAAUUAUCCUUUUAAAACAAAUAUUAAAAGAAGCUGGGGAUCCCCCCGUUGACAUGCUUACGCAACGCUCAUGGUCGCAACACGACGAUGACUCUCGUAGUGACAUGCAAUCAUCUAAUGGAGAACAUAAUGUGGGUGACGUAAAAUAUGAACAUGAUGUAAUGGAUGCUACCAUGAUAUUCCCAGCUAACGAACAAAAUCCAAAGAAUCGCGAAUUAUUAUCACAGGCACGACGGAAACGAACACGGAAUGUUACCACUCCAUACCAAACGCGAGUACUUCGAAAAGUACUUUCUGUCACGUCAUUUCCAUCUACUGAAAUGAGAGAAGCAUUGGCCAACUCAUUGAACAUGCAUCCCCGUACCGUUCAAAUAUGGUUUCAAAAUCAGAGGCAGAAAGCAAAGAACAGUCCAACGAAUUUGACAUCGGCUGCUGGUAUUCCUCAUCUCGACAACUAUGGUACAUCGGAUAUUUUUCCUAUCCCACUUGCCCCUAAUAACACUCCAGGAAUAUUUUUCCAUAACAUGUCAAUGAUGUCCAAUAAUAAUGCGGGCACAAAUGUCUCUACUAAUGUCACAUCCCAACCGAUGUCAUCCUCCAUGUCGCAACAAAAUUUAUUACCUCCUUCUCCUCCAUACACUAUAGUCCCCAUAUACCAAGCUCCUACUCCUACAUAUCCAUCGACAAUAUAUCUCUCCUCAGCGACGCUACAGUUCCAGAACUAUCCAAAUGGUAAUACAAACUACCAUUCACCUCCGGAAGUGAGCCCGCAGGUACCCCAGCAGGGAUAUAACUCGCAAACUGGAGCAAAUGGAACUGCUGGGCAGUAUGUUCAGAAUCCCACUUUGGAUAUGUUGGCUGCGGCAGCAUUGGAGGCAGAAAACGGUCAUCCACCGCAAGGAAGCCAUUCGCACGUUAACAGAACCCAUAUAAACGGGAGUCACGUGAGUCAUCAUGCGCAUUCGCAUCACCAGCACCAAGGGCGGUCUCCACAAGGAUCCUCGCAACAGACUCGGCAUCCACCUCCUUCAAUUUUUACGAGUAAAACAUCUCCAAUUGACGCGUCUGCUGACGCUGUCAGCCCAUUGUGCACUUCUCCCAUAGUACAUGGACUUCGUCCUUGGUGA